AUGACUGACAACGCAGUGUUACAGACCAGAAAGUAUGUUCUGUAUUAUGGACUGUCAUUGUUUGUCCUGAUCGGGUUUAUUGGCUUCUUCUACAUUGACGCACAGAAACGAUCCUGGAUUUCACUGAUACCAGCUGAAGUAGGCUUUAGAUAUAUCGGGUACAGUUCGGAAAAGAAUGACACCAAUCUUACAACAGAAACUGUUAAAUACGUCCUAUAUUGGAAUGUUCCACUGUCGGGAGGUUUGGAAAUGUUCAAUGACUGUGACUACAAAUGUGAGUUGACAACAGAUAAAUCAAAGAUGGCUUCUCAGAAUGCCGUGAUAUUUCACACUCCAUACUUGGGAGGAAAUGUUCCUGCUAAAUCUCGCGGUCAAGUAUGGGUUUAUUACGGCGUAGAACCGCCACCUAUAAGUCAUAAUUUGAAGAGAUGGCAGCGGGUGUUCAAUUGGACAAUUAAUUACCGUCGAGACUCCGACAUAUUGUCUCGGUAUGGCUCAUUCGAGAGCAAACAUUUAAACUCUAGAAACAGAAAUGCAACUGAUAUAGGUGAACUGUCCAUUCGAAAAAAUAUGACCGCAGCCUGGUUCGUCGGUAAUUGUAAUACACACGGAAGGCGGGAGACAUAUGUGAAAGUACUGCAGAAACACAUGGAUGUAAGCAUUUAUGGCCGAUGUGGAAAUCUGAGGUGUAAAGAAAAGGGGCGAGCGGCUACUUGGGGUGAAAACUGCCUACAUAAUGUAGAGAAGGAUACACGCUACUACCUGUCCUUUGAAAACUCUCUUUGUCGCGAUUAUAUGACAGAGAAAGCUUUUAAAGUCUUCAAAACGCAUUCGUUGGUUCCUGUUGUUCGCGGGGGAGCAAACUAUUCUAUGUACCUCCCUCCGGAUACUUUUAUCGACAGCUCUAGAUUUAAAGAUGCUACAGAUUUAUCUAAAUACUUAGUUAAGAUGAAAACUGAUAAAACAGCUUUCACUCGUUUAUUCGAAAAUCGAAAUCGAUACCAGACAAAGUACAACGAUAACUGGGGAUCGAAACCAUUCUGUGAGAUAUGUAGAAGACUACAUAAUCCUGAAAAAUACAGAAGAAUUUAUGAGGAUGUAUCGGUCUGGGUUAGAGGAACAGGCGACACGGCGUCUUGCAGGAAGCCUACUGACCUCACGUAA